GAGCCUGACAGGCCAAGGAAAGAAGGGGGGCUAUAGUCAAGGGGGAGGAGCCGCGGACACCAUUUUACACAGAGGGGCAGGGGGAAAGGCGCCAUUUUGAAUCGGUAGCGGGAAAGGAAAGUUCAGUCAGGAAGGUUUGAGGUAAUUCUGUACCUGUCAGCGACAGAAUGUCGGCGGAUAUGGAGGAAUUGUUGAGCCAAAUCCGGGCUGAAGCUGAGAGACGUGGGGGCGACUGGCUGCGGAGACUCCUUCUCCCUGUGAUGCAACAGGAACCGGAGCCUGCUCCCGGGGCACGGAGAUCCAGGGCCCUCAGCCGCCUAAGCCCUUCCCCACCUUCCCGCAGACUGAGAGCAAACACCCCGAGUCCCGGCGUCCCAACAAUCACCUCAGAAGUCCAGGCGCGACGGGACAUAUUAGCAGCGGAGGCGGCGCAGCAGCAGGUCAUUCCCCGAGGCAGAACCGGGAUGACGCAGCAACUGCAGCCGAAUCCAGCGGAGGUUCCAGCAAGUGACAGAGGACGUUGGAACGGGAACAGCAGCGCGAGGCCACCGAGCGGCCCAACAAGUGGAAGCGGGAACAGUCGGUUCUCAGCAGCAGACGAGGGAGUCAGUCCCGGAUCAGAGCAGCGCGGAGCAGCACGGCGGUGGCAGGCGACUUACACAGAGGCAGGUCCAGGCGCCUCCGGGGGGCAGAGAUGGGAAGACGGGACACCAGGCUGCAGCCAAGGGGGGAGGCCAGCGGGCCAGAUGAGGCCACCUCCAGAAGGAGCAGUAUGGGCAGGCCUGGAGGGCAACUCAGGCCAGGAGCGAGCGGGACCAGCCGUAAGAUGGACAAGAAAUGCCUCAGGAGAUCAAGGGUGGCCGUCAGCUGCUUGGGCCCCCAUGGAUAGGUGCGGGCACUUGGAGGCGGGGCUGGGGGAGCUGACACAGGAGAAUAACUGGAGAGUGGCCCCCCAGGCCUCAGUAUAUGCCACAGGGCCACUGAGGGGAUUAACAGCGGGGAGCAGUGAAGCAGCAGCAGCACACUGUGUCCCCUCCCCUUUUGUGUCCCAACAGGUCCUUGUCCAGGAGGAGCCACUGGGAGAAAGGCUGCCAGGAUAUUCUACACUGGAACAGAGCAGACAAGGAGCUGCAGUGGGACAGGUUCCGGCGUCUUGCUCUGGAGACAGCGGCACAGGGAGACAGAUGCCCCAAGGUGGUGUGGAAGAUUGUGUAAAAGAGGAGCACCUAUGCUCAGUAUGGAUAGUGGGAGACUCGAUCAUUCAGCAGGCGGAGCAGCGAGCAAAAGUUCGAGACAACGGAGAGCAGUUAGGUUUCAAAGAAUCUCGGGUGAUCCUGCAGUGGAACGGGGUAGAAGGUCUUUGCUGGGAUGAGGUAGUACCAUUGAUAAUACAAAAUGCUAAGCACUGGGGGUCACCCAACAUGAUAUUGAUUCAUUGCGGGGGCAAUGAUUUGGGGCAAUGCCCCAUGAAGCAUUUAAUAAAGAACAUCAGAAAGGACUUUUUGAGGCUGUGGUCAUUAUUCCCGGGAGUAAGUUUAGUUUGGUCAGAGAUUAUCCCCAGGUUACAGUGGAGGGGUGCAAGAUCAGUCUCAGCGAUAGACAGGGUCAGAGUGAAAGUGAAUAAAGCUGUUUCAAAGUUUGUGCAGGCUAAUGGGGGUGUAGCAAUCAGGCACAAAGAUUUCGACAAUCAGUCUGUUUACUACAGCGCUGAUGGGGUACAUUUAAACGAGGUGGGAAUGGAGUUAUUUAACUUCACUUUACGGGAAACCAUACAGUUUGCGUGGGAAGCUUGGAGAAACAUGCAGAGCUGAAGGCUGUCCUUCUCUGCAUGCUGUGGCGGCCCAUGUCAGUCUGCCAGGGGAAGUGGUUUCGUCAGUUAUCGGUUUGUGGGAUGGUUUAACCCCUAAGGUGGGUGACCAUUGGGCCUGGAUAAUGGUUUUGGAAAUGCAGUAACGACUUGCUGAGCCUGGAUUGUGGGAGUGUUGUCCGAGUUAGGUAUUUGGGUGGUUGGAGGAUAUUCACCUAAGUUAUGGAAUGGCAGACUGACAGGGGGUUUGGUAUUUGCACUGUUCAAUGCAUGUUAUUGCUGUUAAAAGGAUACAUGUAAGUUAAUGUGUAUUGACUAAUUUUGAUAUAUUUGGAUGGUUAUUUCUUCUGUUUGAAUUUCUCAAUAAAGCUGUGGCCGUUAUCAUCCAA